AUGUCGCUCCCAAAGUCGGAAUACAUCAGUGACGUCUGGAAAGAUGGCCUGUUCAAGAACAAAGUGGUAUUUUGCACUGGUGGAGGCGGGACAAUCUGCAGUGCCCAGGUCCGCGCCCUCGUCCACCUAGGCGCCGAUGCUUGCAUUGUCGGCCGAAAUGUCGAAAAGACGGAGAAGAUGGCCAAGAGCAUUGCGACUGCACGCAGCGGAGCUAAAGUUAUUGGUAUUGGAAAUGUGGACGUGCGCAAGUAUGAGCACUUGGAGGCUGCCGUGGAGCGUUGCGCCAAAGAGUUGGGUGGUGUUGAUUUUGUGAUUGCCGGUGCUGCUGGAAACUUUCUUGCCUCGAUCAAUCAACUGUCGGUCAACGCCUUCAAGUCGGUAAUGGACAUUGAUGUGUUGGGCUCUUACCACACGGCCAAGGCGACACUCCCAUACUUGAAGGAAUCAGCGGCAAAACAUCGUGUGGACUCGAAUUCAUUGCAAGCCUCUCCGCUAGGCACAGGUGGCAGGAUUAUAUUCAUCAGUGCUACGAUCCACUACACCGGUAUCCCAUUUCAAACACACGUGGCUGUUGCCAAAGCCGGAAUCGAUGCCUUGUCACACAAUAUAGCCCUGGAAUUCGGUCCUCUGGGAAUCACGUCUAAUAUCAUUGCCCCCGGGCCCAUCGCCAACACCGAGGGUGUCGAUCGACUCCUUCCCAGUGAUGUCAAACAGGAGGCUAUCAAAUCGCAGCCUCUCGGACGAUUCGGAUCAGUAAGAGAUAUUGCCGAUGCCACAGUCUAUCUGUUCUCCGACAGUGGAAGCUAUGUUUCUGGACAGGUGCUGGUUGUGGAUGGUGCUUCAUGGCGCAUGCCAAGUGGGUCGAUUGGAUCCAGCCUCAAAUACCCUGACUUUCUGCUUUCGGGCGAGGCUGUGGCCAAUGUUAAGGGAAAUAAGUCCAAGCUGUGA